AAAUCUGUGGAAGCGUAUUCUUUUGAAAACGUUUUUGUUUUUCAAUCGUUGUCGUGUAAACGAGGCCUAAUCUACUGUUGAAGACUGAACUACUUCUGCCCUCGGAGCAUUAUAAUUGUGAGCUUGGUGAGCGUCGUACUCUCGGCUUUCUAGGAGAAACAGUGAGAGUACUGCCUCAGGAUGUGGCCAUCAGCGCUUUUCACUUUGUCUUGUGCUUGGGCCGCUCUGGGAUUAGUCGCAUCUGCUGAGCCGAGUACCUUGUUCGAAUCAACAGUCGAUGCAGACUGCAAAAAGAAACUGGAAGGCACGAAGAUCGCAGAUUUUGUGUCGCCAACCGUCUACACAUUCAAGGACAGCGACAACGAGUACGAGUAUGAGCUGGGUAUCUGCAACAACGUUGUGCCGGACUCUCGCAUAGUAGUGACGCAGACAGAGCUGCAGCAGGACGCCAAGAGAACGGUGUCUGUUGGCCGACUUAACGACACACAUCUUGUAAGCAGAGAUGAUUAUGCUGAACUGACUUACUACUAUGGUGAUGUGUACAAUAGGCACUGCAAGAAAACUCACCGCACCGCGCGCAUCAUGUUCGUGUGUAAUCCAUGUGCUGGCAAGGGAUAUCCCGAAGUGGUUGAAGAGUUUGCUACUGACUCGAGCACGACAGAGAAUCAGCACUGCUUCUAUCUGUUCGAGUGGGCCACCUCGAAUGUCUGUAACAAGGCUGCCGCUGGUCGACUCAUUGUCUGCAAGCCCACAGGCCUUGGAGCAGGCAGCAUCUUCUUGAUUGUGCUGCUGAGCGUGGGUGUUGCCUACGUUAUCCUCGGUUUUAUCUUCAACCGCUUUGUUCGCGGAGCUAAGGGCAAUGAGCAGUUUCCUAACUACUCGUUCUGGAUCACGUGUGGAGACCACAUUUCUGACGGCUGCGAUGUCUUGUGUCGGAGUAAGCCACCUUCCAUUCAAAUGAAAUCUAUACCAUCGGUUGGUCGUGGUGACCAUCAACUGGACCUAUCAGAAGAUGAGCUGGCGUAGUGCAAGCAGCUGUAUGAUGAUUCCCGUCUGUGUGCGUGUGUGCGUGUGUAUGUGUGUAUGUGCACGCUUGCCACCACUACCACCAUUAUCGGCAGCAUAUCACCACUAACGCUACUGCUGUUACAACCUUGCUGCAUCGCCUGCGUUUCGCCCAGCGCCACAUUGCCUGCUAGCUUAGUGGCUAUGCUAUGUUGGUGUUUGUUGUGGUCUUGUGCAAGUGCUUCACCGCCACCGCCACCACCACCACCAUGGCUGUGUGUGUGUGCGUGUGUGUGUGUGCGUGGGUGUGUGUGUGUGUGUGUGUGUGUGUGUGUGUGUGUGUGUGUGUGUGUGUAUAUCCGCCGUGCAAUAGCUCACCAUCUGCCGAGUGGUGACGUUGCACCGCCUAGCAGCAGGACCAGCAGCAGCACCACUGGGCCAGGUGAUGGUGAACACCAGCUCAAUGCUGAGCUUUCAGCGCUUGCCCCCCCCCCCCCCCCCCCACUACUACCGGUAUCCACGCUAGUACUGCUGCUGCUGUUGCUGCUGCUGCUGCUCCUGCUGCCUUUGGUUUCAAUGGUGACUGCCGCCAUUGCUGCUGCUUCUGUUGCCGUUGAAGUUGUGAACGAUGUGAGCUUCAUCUUUUCUUCCUUUUUUUUCUUUUUAAAUCAUGCAAUAUUUAUAAAAAAUGUGUUGAGUCAGUCUUGGUCACGCAUACACCGUACAAUUAUAAUAAUUCAUCCGUUUCCAAGAAGUAUACAAUACAAUUACGCCGGGCAAGGCUUUGUCCCCCUUUCGAGUAUCCUGCACGCCUGCUCCAUGUCCCGCCGUUGAUUGGUUGCCCGCUCCUGUGAAGGUCUCUGUCAUAGUCUACACCCUGUGUAGUAUGAAUGGAGACACAUUACUAGAUGUCUGCUACUAGUCACUGCUAGCCACUGCUAGUGCUAGUCUGCUCACACUGCAUCCCGGUUGGGAGCAGGAGCAGGUGCAGCGUGUGAAUGUAUGUGACUUUUCUAAGUUUGCUUGACUUUACUUGGCGCAUUCGAACAGAAUUGCAGCACUCAGGCCUGCAGUCUGCUCGGAUCUUUUCCUCGUCUUUCCCGCUGCUUCUCUCGUUUAUUGGCCAAUUUUGUUUAGGAUACAAUGGCAUCACCCUGAUCCUCCCCCUGUCCGCUGGGUUGUGCCACGGCACAUUGCUGUACUGGCGCAUUGCUGUACUGGCACAUUGCUGUACUGGUACAUUGCUGUACUGGUACAUUGCUGAACUGGUACAUUGCUGUACCGGUACAGCAAUACAUUGCUGUACUGGUACAUUGCUGUACUGGUACAUUGCCGCACUGGUACAUUGCUGUACAUGCACUGUUACAUUGCUGUACUGGUUCGUUCUCUUCUUUUUCUCCUUUCUCUGACACCAGGCCAUGGAGGCAUCAUGUCACCACUGUCACUGGUUUUCAGAUACAAUGUUCUCUUGGUAGUAUCCUAUACUCGGUACCCAGUACCCGGUACAUACAGGCAGCCAUGGCUCUUUGUCUUUUCCUUUGUUUUUGUUAGUUUUGAAGUGAAUACUUUAGAUUAUUUGUACUGCUAUUGAAGUGCAAUAGUUUCCAGUGAAUAGUUACCAUGGCAACAGUGGCGUGAACUUACUGUUGUCUACGCUA